AUGGCUUUCCCAAACAAUGAAGGAGUCUCCACUUCUUUUACUCAUCUACAUGAUGGCUACGAUGUCAUCUAUGACGUCUUCGUAAGUUUCAGAGGAGAAGAUACCCGUUACAAUUUUAUAGAUCGUUUAUAUCAGGCUUUGAAUGACAAGGCUUCCAAGUGGUGUUUAGACGAACUUGCCAUGAUUCUUGAGUUUAGAGAAAAUGGUCACUUGGUUCUACCGGUUUUUUAUGGAGUGAAUCCAUCUGAGGUACGUAAACAAGAGGGAAAUUUUGGUUCAACAUUUAUUAAAUUUUCAGAAAGAUUUGACAAGGAAAGAGUGAAAACAUGGAAGACAGCUUUAACUGAAGUUGCUAAUUUGUCCGGAUGGCAGUUGGAGGCCGGCCACCUUACAUUUGAAUCUAAAGCUAUCCAAGGAAUCGUUGAACAUAUAUCAAAGCAUUGCAUGUCGUAUUUUAGUGCAAACUCUACAAAAUCGCAUUCAGAAACUGAGUUGGAUUUGAUCUUACCAAUUUUCUACAAAGUGGAUCCAGUAGGAAUAUGCAAUCAAAACGGAAAUUUUGGUGUAGCACUAGCUAAGCAUGAAAAAUUUGAGGAAAAUAUGGAGAAGGUUCAAAGGUGGAAGGCAGCUCUAAAUGAAGUGGCUAGUUUGCCUGGAUUGCAUUACAAUGACGAAAGCAUCAAAACUAAAUUUAUCCAAGGAAUUGUGGAAGGAAUAUUGAGUACAAAAUUAAAUUACAUGCGGUUGAUUAUGGCUCAAUACUUGGUUGGAUUAGAUUCUUGCGUAGAGGACAUAAUAUCGUUUUUGGACAAGUGGUCAAAUGAUGUUCUGCUACUAGAAAUUCAUGGCCAUGAUGAAGUAGAUAAGACAACAACUGCAAAGACUGUUUAUAACAAAAUUGCUGGUAAUUUUGAAGGAAGCAUCUUCCUCGAGAAUGUUAGAGGCAAGUCAGGCACAACUGAUGCCAUUAUGCAACUACAAAACUUUUUGGGAUCUUUGGGAUUGAAUGUGAAUACGAAUGUGUUAGGGUCCUAA